UCGAGUGAUACUUGAGAAGAACUGAAUUUAGGCUAAACCGAGGAGAGGAGAGGAACGGAGAAGAGGAUAACAAAGUAUAGUGUUGUACAGUUGAGAUUUAGAGCGUUUGUGUGGGAGUGAGCUAUGAGCUUGUCACUAAUCCAAGCCUAUUCUUCUGCUGAAGAAGAAGAAGAAGAAGCACAAAAUGGCUUAACCCAUCAAAAACAAGACCUCCGUUACAACUCCUCAUCCGACGACGACAACGACGACGACCACAAUCUCAACGAUGUUGACGAAGAUGAUGAAUCUGCCGCAAUCAACCGUUCUAUUCGCGACAGAUCCCUUUUUGAUCUCCCUCAACCCAGUGUCUCCGGGCUCCCUUCUGCUUUCGACGCCUUUUCUGAGGUUGCAGGGCCGCCUCAGUUUCUAAACAACUCUGUUGAAGAGUUUGGUGUAGCCAAGGAAGUGGAUCAUCAGCAGUAUGUGAGACAUGGUAGACGCAGGAAUCGUAGAGACAAGAAAGAUUUGCCUGCUGGUGUGGUAGUGGAAGCUAAACCUCAACUUGUGGGAAUCCAUGAGCGAGUAAGAAGUGAUAUUGAGGGUAAGCAACCUCCACCAACAGUACCGGGCACAACAGAGGGAGGCAAGCGUGUGGCAACUGCAGCCAAUCCAAAUGCAGAGGAUGCUGCAGAACUGCUAAGGAUGUGUUUACAAUGUGGUAUUCCAAAAACCUACUCUAGCGCUCGUGGAAUGGUUUGCCCAGUAUGCGGUGAUCGCCCUCCAGCUGAACCGGGCACAGAGACCAAGAAGAAGGUUAAUAUGGUCAAAGAUAAAGAGAAGAAUAAGAGGAUGAAGGGUCAAUCAUCUCACGCUACUUGGAAAAGCGAAACCGAAAUGCAUCUUCGGCAGCAGUUCGAUUAGCAUCAACUAUUAGGUUUAUUAACUGGGAUUGAUGUAAUUUGUUUUAGUAACAUUAGGACUGUACAAUUCACACUCAUCGUUAAUUGUUCACAGGAGUUACUGCAGUUUGAUUAUCACGUCCAAAGUAAAUCAGGGCUAUUGUGGUUGAGAUUCCACAUGAGGUCUACAUUGAUGGAUGGCCAUGUUUCAUCUGACCGUGGCAAAGCUCAUGUUUUGAUUUUGUGUUACUAUUUAUUACCUUAAAGAAAGUUCACUACCAUUAGUGCCUUUGAAUUACAAA